AAACCAUACAAAUUUUUUUUGUAACACACAAAUGUCAGCCGUGCGGAAAAUUUGGUGGUAAAAGAAGAAAUAUAAAAUUGGCAUCGCGUGUGAGGUUAUAUUAUAUACAUUUUAAAACUGCUUGCUAAAAAUAAUAUUCCAUAUCACUUUAAAACACUCAUUAAUAUCACACUCUAAAAUAAUGUGGCCAAGAUUUGGAAUUAAAAUCGGCAAUAGCACACUUUGCAUUGCCACAGUCAAGGCCGAUGCCAAUCCCGAAGUCAUUGCCAAUAAGCAAGGUGAUCGCGUCUCCCAGGCCUGUCUCCUUGCCGAAGGCAAUGAAAUCGAAUGCGGCCUAACUGCAAAGCAGAAAAUGUCCUCCAAGCCAGCCUCUUGUGUAUCCAACAGUUUGCAAUUCUUUCUCUCACAAUCCACGUUGACUCCAGAGAAAAUCCAAGACGCAUGUAAGUACAUUACUUGCUAUUACAACGAAGGAACCAAAGAAUUCGAAUUAAAGUCUAAAGGCGACGCAGACAAAGAGAUUAUCACUAAAAUAUCUCCGCAUGCUGUUUGUGUUAAAUUCUUCCAAGCUGAAUUCGAAUUGGCGCGCCAAUCUUAUCUGCAAGAAUUCCCCAAACCGUCCGUUGUCAUUUCCAUACCGAAUUAUUAUCCGGUUGAGUCAUGGCCAAGUCUUGCAGCUGCAGCCGAAGAGGCUGGUUUCCAUGUGGCGCAAGUCAUCUCCGAGAUGACAGCCGCAGCGCUGGCUUAUGGCAUUGGCGAGGCUCAAGCCGAUGAUGACUCAGAGCGAAAGAUUGUUCUUUGCAUUAAAAGCGGUGGCAUUUACAGUCACUUUACACUUUAUGAAGUCACUGGGGGACUGUAUACUUUGAUAGAGGAAGUUGGGCCAUUUACAAUUGGUGGGAAUCAAUAUACGGAGGCUCUUGUAGAAUUCGUUUGUCAGGAAUUCUACAAGAAAUACAAAUUGGAUCCUAAAGAGAGUCGUCGUUCAAUAGCCAAGAUUUAUACGGCUGCUACCAAUUCCAAGCACAUUCUCACCUCCUUGCCAACGACACAGAUUUAUAUCGACUCUCUGAUGGAUGGGGUGGACUUUAGCAUGCAAAUGUCCAGAGCCCGUUUUGAGAGUUUAAUUCAGCCAGUUAUUAACAAAUUCAUGGCCGUCCUUAAUGAAGCCGUCGAGAAGCUAUUUGCUGACAAUCAGAAUACUGUAACGAAGAUUGAUGAGAUUGUUUUACUUGGGGCGACAAUGAAGAUACCCAAAAUCCAAUCGGCUAUUACUAGUCGCUUUCCGGAGGCUAAGAUCCAUUCAAGUUAUGCAGCUGAUGAAGUAGUGGCCAUUGGUUGCGCUCGUCAGGCUACAUUCUUACUCGAUGCAGAAGGACAGGAUUUAGUUGAUAAAGAAACUUGUCUUUUUACACCAAGUGAUUUGCACAUUUGGCACGAUGAUGCUGAAGAUAAAUUGAAGGUUUUUCUCAAAAAGGGUUCACUACUGCCAAGUGUUGUUGUUGUUGAAGUGGAGAAGGCUAAGAAGGAGGCGAAUAAUACAGAAGAAGGCGAACAAACAGAAGUAUUUCAUGUUAAAUGCGAGGAUGCAACAUUGGAUUUCAGUUUGAAAGCAACUGCCACACCGGAGGGACUCUUUAAAAUUGAAGCUAACGUAGACUUGAACGAGGACGGAGUAACAAGUUCUAUAAAGCUUAAGUGUUUGUAAAUACGUUUCACAACAGUUUUUUUUUUAUUAAGAUUUAAAUAAAUGUAUUUAAAAUUAGUUGAUCCGAAAAAAAUGUGUUUUUUUUGUU